UCUCUCUCUCUCUCUCUCUCUCUCUCUCUCUCUCUCUCUCUCUCUCUCUCUCUCUCUCUCUCUCUCUCCUUCCUCUCUUGCCUCUGUCCUCACGAGCUGAGUAGGGCAGUGCCCAUACUGGUGUCUCCACAGCAUUUGCCAGUUGUACACAAUCUGUUACUCCGAUAGCUCUGCUGCCCAGCUAGCCCUCCUGGAUUAACAGCCCUGGAAUUUGUGGAUGACCACUGCCCCAGAACCCUAAGCUGGGCAGCUGGGCAGCUGGCCAGCACCAGCAUCCUUCCUGUUAUCUGAAAAGCAAAAUGGGAGACAGAGAGCCCCUGCUGGGAGGAAGCCAGGUCAUUGGAUGAAUGUGCUUGCUUUGGACAGGACUUUCUUUAUUGAGCCUGUUUGCACACACUCACCACCUUCUGUGUGAUUCUGGACCUGUAGUAAUGUGUGUCCACCCUGGAGCACUGGUCCUUCAGUGAAGCCUGAAGCAUGAGCACCAGCAGCCACGCAUGCCCAGUCCCGGCAGUGCGUGGACACAUGACUCACUACCCAGCUGCACCCUACCCAUUACUGUUCCCCCCUGUCAUCAGAGGACUCUCCCUGCCUCCACUCCAUGGGCUCCAUGGCCACCCACCUCCCAGUGGAUGCAGCACCCCAUCACCAGCCAGUGUGGGGCAGGCAUGUCAGAGGACAACUGGUGGAAGUCAGUUUGCAGCUUCUACCAAGUGGACACCAAGCUUGAAUGCAGCCAUCGAGACACAGAGUACCAGCUCUGAGGAGCUCGUCCCGAGCCCACCAUCUCCACUUCCUCCUCCUCGGGUGUACAAGCCCUGCUUCGUUUGCCAGGACAAGUCAUCGGGCUACCACUAUGGCGUCAGUGCCUGCGAGGGGUGCAAGGGCUUUUUCCGCAGAAGUAUUCAGAAGAACAUGAUCUACACUUGCCAUCGAGAUAAGAACUGCGUCAUUAACAAGGUCACUAGGAACCGAUGCCAGUACUGCCGCCUGCAGAAGUGCUUUGAAGUGGGCAUGUCCAAAGAGUCUGUUAGGAAUGACAGGAACAAGAAAAAGAAGGAGCCUUCAAAGCAGGAAUGCACAGAGAGCUAUGAGAUGACAGCGGAGCUAGACGACCUCACUGAGAAGAUCCGGAAAGCCCACCAGGAAACCUUUCCCUCACUCUGCCAGCUGGGUAAAUACACCACGAAUUCCAGCGCUGACCACCGGGUCCGAUUGGACUUGGGCCUCUGGGACAAAUUCAGUGAGCUGGCCACCAAGUGCAUUAUUAAGAUCGUGGAGUUCGCCAAGCGUCUGCCGGGCUUCACAGGUCUGACCAUCGCAGACCAGAUCACCCUGCUCAAAGCCGCCUGCUUGGAUAUCUUGAUUCUCAGAAUUUGUACCAGGUAUACCCCAGAGCAAGACACCAUGACUUUCUCUGAUGGCCUUACACUAAAUCGAACUCAGAUGCACAAUGCUGGCUUCGGUCCUCUGACUGACCUUGUGUUCACCUUUGCCAACCAGCUCCUGCCUUUGGAAAUGGAUGACACAGAAACAGGCCUUCUCAGUGCCAUCUGUUUAAUCUGUGGAGACCGCCAGGACCUUGAGGAACCAACAAAAGUAGACAAGCUCCAAGAACCACUGCUGGAAGCACUAAAGAUUUACAUUAGAAAACGACGACCCAGCAAGCCUCACAUGUUUCCAAAGAUCUUAAUGAAAAUCACAGAUCUCCGCAGCAUCAGCGCGAAAGGUGCCGAACGUGUAAUUACCUUGAAAAUGGAAAUUCCUGGAUCAAUGCCACCUCUCAUUCAGGAAAUGCUGGAGAAUUCUGAAGGACAUGAACCCUUGACCCCAAGUUCAAGUGGGAAUAUAGCAGAGCACAGUCCCAGCGUGUCCCCCAGCUCAGUGGAGAACAGUGGAGUCAGUCAGUCACCACUGCUGCAGUGAGACAUUUCCAGCUGUUGCAGACAUUCCCCAGGACCUUCAGUUCCAGAUUGAAAAUGCAAGGAAAACAUUUUUACUGCUGCUUAGUUUUUGAACUGAAAUAUGUUAAACUCAAAAAGGACCAAGAAGUUUUCAUAUGUAUCAAUAUAUAUUCCUUACUGUAUAACUUCCCUAGAAAUACAAACUUUUCAAAUUCUGAAAAUCAGCCAUUUCAUGCCACCAGAAUCUAGUUUAAAGCUUCUACUUUCCUCUCUGAAUAGUCAAGAUGCAUGGCAAAGACCCAGUUGAGAUGAUUUAGCCCUGGUUAAGUUUCUGAAGACUUUGUACAUAUAGAAGUACGGCUCUGUUCUUUCUAUACUGUAUGUUGGUGCUUUCUUUUGUCUUGCAUACUCAAUAACCAAGACACCGAGGUUGUGGAGUAAACCACUGUACAUCCACUGUACGUCCUGCUUUCAUGAAUAACCAGGCCUCACGGUAAGGAACCAGGGCCUCUGUACAGUACAAGAUGACACUAAAGACACUCUGGUUUAAGUAGUGUGGAAGCUUCUCCUUGCUUUUUGAUGCUCUCAAGCUUCAUUCUUUCCCUUAUGUUGCCCAGAUAGAGUACACCACUUCACUGCACUAGCAGAAUUCUGUAUCACUGAAACUGCCAGUUCAGUUAAUCCAACAUCAUUGUUCAAUUGUUAAUGAUGUCACUUUAAAUUAAAAGUGGUUUGUUCCUUAAUGACACAACUACCGAAUGAAAAAAAAAAUGAAGCAUUUUUACAGUCAUGAUAGCCUCCAAGGCAAAAACACUGUCCAGUGUUAAUAAGUUUGUUUACCUGUUCACAAGCCAUUGGAGAAAUAUCACAGGAUAAUCAGCAAGUUAGUCUGCCGUCUGGACUCUAGUAGCCCAGUGUCCUUGCUGACUCAGGCCUGAUCCUGGGAUUUCCCCCAGUCUUGAUGCUUGAAGGUAUGGGCAAGUGGCCUCCUCUGGCCUUGUUCAAUCACCAUGAUGCAGACUGACAGCUCUGGGAGAAUGAGUGGUUGACAGACUCAAGUGUCGGCUUCUGAGUUCUCAUGUAAGCACUAGUGGAAUUUUUGUUUGUUCGUUUUUGAUAUAUUAGCAAAAGUCUGUGAUGUACCACUAGCUCUGUUUGUACAUUGAGAUGGUUUAACAGUGCUUUCUAUGUUCAUAUACUGUUUACCUUUUUCCAUGGAGUCUCCUGGCAAAGAAUAAAUAUAUUUAUUUUAAA